AUGACAACACUGCUGGUCUCAGGUCUGGGCAGUCUGUCCUUCUCUGUGCCACGUCAGUUCCAUGUGGUGGAGGAACAGAAGAACUGGACAGAAGCUCAGCAGUACUGCAGAGAGGAGUUCACUGACCUCGCCACCAUAGAUGACAUGACAGAGAAUGAGAAGGUGCAGAGCAUGAUCCAUGAAGCAGGUGUAAAUGCUUGGAUUGGGCUGAAGAAGGGAAGCAGUCCUAAGUGGCAGUGGUCUCUGGCUGACAGGCAUUUCUACAGAGAGAAUGAAACAGAGUUCAGGAGCUGGGCUACAGGCCAACCAGAUGGAGGUGGAGAAGAAUGUGGGUUUAUGCGGCGUGAUGGAAAAUGGUAUGAUUACUGGUGUAGCGUCAGUCAUCCCUUCAUCUGCUAUGAUGACAACCUGGUUCUGGUCCGUGAGAAUAAGAACUGGAGAGAGGCGCUGCAGUACUGCCGAGAGCACCAUGUGGACCUGGUGUCUGUGACGUCUGAGCGGGUCCAGCGCUGGGUGAGUGAGCGGGCUAAAGGAGCCUCCACUGCUCACGUGUGGGUGGGCCUGCUCCACUGCUACAGCCUGGGCUGGUACUGGGUCUCUGGACAGAACGUCUCCUACAGCAACUGGGCCCCAGGGUACGAGCAGGUGGGGUCUGACCAACACAGACUCGGGGCAGUGGAGUCUAGAGGGGGGCAGUGGGUAAGCGACCUGACUGAGGCCGACCAACUCAACUUCAUCUGCACCACUGAGGACUCCAAAGAGAUUAAGCAGAGACUGAGGGACAGUGGGAUGCCAGCAGACGCCAAACUGACCUGGAUGACACAACCGGAUGGAAAGAUCUUCAAAGAGAAGGAGGAGAAGAAAGAAGAGGGGAGGAAGAGAACUGAGCUCUAA